CCCUUUAAACAAGCUUUUGUCGCCCGUGCAUGUCAUCCACAAAUCAAAUUCUUACCAAACAUUCAUCACGAAAAUUCCAGCAAGAAAAAUGGCUAUAGAUUCAGCAGUUGGUUAAUGAAAAAUACAUAAGGAGAAGCCUGGCAAUAAGAAAAGGAUAGAGAAGAAUGGCGGAGAAAAAAAAUAGUGUGGAUGGGCUUAACCGAGGGCCUUGGCAACCUGAAGAAGAUGUGCGUUUGAAAACAUACGUUGAAGCGAAUGGCGCAGGACGUUGGAGUACUCUGGCCUCAAAAGCUGGUUUGAAUCGAUGCGGGAAGAGUUGCAGGUUACGUUGGAUGAAUUACCUUCGCCCAAAUGUAAAGCGAGGCCAUAUUACUCUUGACGAAGAAGACCUCAUUAUAAGACUUCACAAACUGCUUGGAAACAGGUGGUCGUUGAUUGCUGCCCGUGUACCAGGAAGAUCAGACAACGAUGUUAAAAAUUUCUGGAAUAUUCAUCUGAGCAAAAAAUCUGGCCGCAAAGGUGUACAACUCAAGGCUCUCAAGUCAAAGCUUAAAGAUACGCCCUUUCCCAAUGCUAAUACUAACAUUAUUGGGGACUCGGCCAAGGAUGACAUUGAUUCAAAAUGUUCUACCAACUACAAUUUUCAGCCUCAUAGGCUUAGCAUGCAAAGAGAUUUGAUCCCUUGUCCAACAGAACCCAAAAUGUUACAAAAUCCAUGCCUAGAUGAGUCCACCAAGCAGAGAAAUUGUCUUGUUUUACAACAUGUCAGUGCACCAUCAAAGCCCAAUAUCAGCACAGCUUCUUACACUAUAUCUUUGGCUGAUAAUGAUGAAGUACACAGUGCAGUUUAUAGGAUUUCAUCCCCAUUAACAGCUCUAGUUCAGCAGAAAUCUCAUGGAUUCCUAACUGAGAUUGGUGACAACAUGCAGGGAGUAACAACCUCUAACCAAUAUCAUUCACACUCAGACUCAUAUGGGUUCGGUUUUGUCCCCGGGCUUGACUCCAAUUACAUGUUUGAGAGUAGAAGCAGCUUUACUAAUCUGCAGCCUAACAAUCUCAAUUCUCAGUUGGAAUGUCAUUGCAGUGGCGAAUCAGAUGGGCGAAAUCCUUGCCUAGAUGAGUUCACCAAUCUGAGAAAUGAUCUUGUUUUACAACAUGUCUGUGCACCAACAAAGUCUAACCUCAACAUAGCUUCUUACACUAUAUCUUCAGCUGAGAAUGAUGAAUUAUACAGUGCAGCAUAUAAAAUUUCAUCCCCAUUGACAACUAUGGUUCAGCAGAAUUCUCAUGGAUUCCUAAGUGAUAUUUCCUACAGCGUACAGGGCUUAACAACUUCCAACCAAUAUCAUUCACACUUAGAUGCAUUUGGGUUUGGUUUUGUUCCUGGAUUUGGCUCAAAUUAUAUCUUUGACAGUGCAAGCAGCUUUACCAAUCUGGAGCCAAAUAACCUCAAUUUAUAGUUGGAUAUAGAGGAUGUGUUGUAAUAUGUUUCAGGUAUCCUGUGUACAUUUUAAUAGUUUUUCUUCUUGUAUUGCCAUUAGGUAAACAGCUAGCUUCCCUAUGGUUUUUGUGUGCGCUUCCUUCCUGGUACUCUUGUAAAGAUCCUCUAUAAGACUCUCAGAUGUUUAUGGGCACAAGGUUGAGAUUCUUUUAAGAACAGCAUGUUCUUUGUGGCCAUUUUAUAUUAUCUUCUGUAAAUAAAAUAUUUUUAAAUAACUAUUUGCUUUGUGGUCAUUUAA